CUUAUUUCUUCAAGCAAAAGUUUCAUAAAUAUCUUCUCUCCAAUUAUCUUGUUACAAUUAGCUAGUUAUUCGUCACAAAUUUAUCUCAAUAAUAACAAAAUCAAAUUAUAUUUAUAAACCAUCGUUUAUAAAUAUUUCGUUCACGUUACACGUCGCAUUAUUCUCCUAAAAACAAAAUUUCUUGUUAAAGAUAAUUUCUACAAACAACAAUUUAAAAUAUUAAUUAAAAUAUUAUAUUAUAACAUAUAUGAGGACAAUAUACAACACAAUUAAUAUUGUUAAAUUAAUACAAUUAAUGCAAACAAUUUUUAUCAUUUUUUCAUUGAACAAAAUAACGACACAAAGAAUGUAAAUAUAGCAAAAUAUUAUCUUCGGAAGUAAUCGGAAGAUACUACUCAUCAUCAAGAACUUUAAUAUGUAGAAAAAAAAAGAAUGACAAAAAAGACAAUACAAAGAAAAGACACUCGAGGAUUUUAUAUUGAUUAAAAUUUUUAAAAUCAAUGUUUAUUAUGAAAAAACCCUUUUGCAAAGGGUGCGAAUAAAGUCAAUCGAUUGCAAUUUAUCGUAAUUAUUGGACAUUAUAUAGUCUGUUACUAUAGACAGGCUAUAUUAUGAAAAUACAAGACGGAAAAAUAAUCGUGUAAAUAAUACAUUAAGUCGAGAUGUAGUCAAAUUAUCUUUCGAAUUCUACAUUGCAGUCGACAUCUAACCAGGAACAUGGAUGUUUUCGACAAACAAUAUCGUAUCUAUCGUACAAUAUUGAAAAUUGUAGGACUGUGGCCAUACGAUAAAUCAAUUUACGUAUGGAUUCAGAGAACAUGUUUAUUACUGUAUUUUCUUAUCGGUAUAAUAUUUCAGAUUAUCGUGCUUCUAAAAUCUGAAAUUACAUUAGAAAAUUAUGUUGUUACGUUGUCUGCGACGUUUCCUUUACUGCUAUUUUUUUUACGAUAUAUUUAUUAUAUUACAAUUUUUCCAUACCUACAAUAUUUAUUCGAUUACAUCCGUACAGAAGAACAUCUGUUACAAGACACGACAGAAAUACAAAUACAAACGAAAUAUCUCGAUAUUUCUAGUCACAUCAUCCAUAUUUUUUGUUGCGUGUCUUUCGCUUUUAUUGCAGCGACUAUCAUAUUCCUAGUGAAUCCUGUAAUACUGGAUAUAAUGAUGCCUUUAAACGAAUCUCGCACUCAUUUCAACGUUUCAUUCAUUUUCGGCGAUCAAAACGCCUAUAUUAAAAUAUUUUUGAUCUUAAAUUUCGUGUUAAAUCUAUUAUUCGGAUUAUUAUCUAUAACGAGUACAGAAUCGUUAACUAAUAUUUUUAGUUACUAUAUAUGCAGACGAUUUAAUAUCGUCAGUUAUCGAAUACGAAAGAUAAUUGAGGAUCUCAGUAUGCCCAAUCUGCCUAAGAUAGACUUGAAACUUAAGGACAUACAUCGCGUAGUGGACAUUCAUUGCCACGCUAUCGAACAUAUUAAUUUAGCCACAAAUAAUACAGCGACGCAAUAUCUAAUGGCAAUUAUUGUAUGCAUACUGUCAUUCUCUGUAAAUCUCUAUCGCCUAUAUACCGCAAUAAUAACUAUGGACAAUCGAAAAGAAAUCUUCAUUUCUGCUCUUAUAGUUAUCUAUCAUUUAAUGAUCGCAUUUUACAAUAAUCAUUAUGGACAAUUAAUUAUUGACAGUAAUCUUGGCAUAUUUAACGAAUUAUUUGCUUCUACAUGGUAUCGCAUUCCUUUAAAAGCGCAAAAACUAUUAUUGUUUAUGAUAUUGAGAAGCUCAAUGGAUUGCGAGUUAUGUCUUUCUGGUUUAUUCACUCCGUCUUAUGCAGGCUUUACGUCGAUGAUGAGUUCAUCCUUCUCCUAUUGUGCCGUUAUAUAUUCAAUUCAAUAAAUAUUCUCGAAUAUUGCUGGCAUUUUACUUCAGUAUAAGUAUUGCAA